AUGAAAAUUGUUUUUCUUUUGCUGGUGAUUUUAAGUUUUGGCUGUGCCCAACAAUACGAAAUAAUUCAUAAAAAACGGGAGUUGACCGAAGGGCAGAGGAUUGCGUUACGCAACCGAAUGUUUGUAAUAAAUUAUUAUAAAAAUUUGGCGAAACAGCAACAACAAAAACGAAAGAUAAUAAAAUACGAUGCUCCUUCAUAUGAACAAAUAGCCGAACAACAACGCAAAGAAUUGAGUGACGUGUACAAUUCCAUUUUAAAGAAAAAACUCCGUGAACGCGCAAAACAGGAGGUUUUGAGAGAACUGCAAGCAAAACGAAGGCGUGAAGAGGAAGACGUGUAUGAAAAAAUCAAGGAGGAAGAGCGCCAAAAACUCAUGAAAGCGGAAACAAAACGAUUGUUGCAAAUUCGAGAAGCACAAAAACGUGUUGAAGAGGAACAAAAGAAGAAAGAGGAAUACGCCAAACAUUUGGAAUUGCAGAGGAAGAAAUCUUUUGAGAUCGAAAAAAAGAAACUUCUUGCACUCCGGAAAAGGGAAUACGAAAACGCAAAACUUACUGCUGAAAAACGACGAAUUGCGGAACUCAAAGAAACUUUGGCACGACAAGAAUUGGACAGAAUUCAGUGGAGAAAGAAACUCGCAAAAAUGAACAAAGAAAAAUUGUUAAAACUAAAAAAUGAAGCAAACGAAAAAAAGAAAACACAGAACGAACUCACCGAACAAUUUAAAAAGUUCAACCAGAUGCUUUCGACUGAUUUGUAA